AUGGCGAACAAAGAGAGUAAUACUCACCCCAAGUCUCAGAACAAGCAUCCAACAAAGUCAUCAACGUCAUUAAAGCGUCUGAUAAGUGUUAUUGUGCUCGGUGUUGUCGCUGGUGCCUUUGCUUCACUUUCGGUUGCGGAUCCUUCCCCUCUAUUCCAACUCCUUGUUUCUCAUCUCUCCCUUGGCCAAAUCAAGUCGACAGCUAAUGGUCUAGCGGAAAAUGCGGUCGAGAGACUAGAGAGGUUACUUACGACGCAAGAAACAUACGCUGUCUGUACAUGGCCGAAGAGAGGAAAGAGAAUUUAUACAGUUGACGAGAAAAACUCGAAGGCUGGAUGCUUCGUUGUAAAGGGAGAGUGGGUCGAUAGAAUCUUUGAUAGUGUCGACGAACUCAAGCAGUGGGACGCAAGCAUUACGAUUCGAUACACCAAACCUGAUGAAAUCGUUAUACCUGGAAUGUCUGAUUCGCACGUUCAUACUCUGGAAUACGGCUUCAGUCGUCUCUUACCUUUGGAGAAUGCAAGGUCAAUCAAAGAGGUUAUCACUCUGGUCAGGAACUAUAUUCUCAACAAUCCUGAUGUGUAUUCGAACACAUCCAAAGUAAUUGAAGGUUGGGGAUGGGAUAAGACUGUUUGGCCGGUAGAGAAGUAUCCGACUGCAGCCGAUCUAGAAACUGACGUUGUCAUCCGUGGCCGACCAGUGGUGUUAUCCAGCAAAGAUGGUCAUUCUUUCUGGGUCUCCCAGGCUACUUUAGACGCGAACGCACCAUUCCCUGAGCAAGUGCCUGGAGGUGUGAUUCUUAGGGACAAGAAGGGCAAACCAACUGGGAUCUUCCAAGAUGAAGCACAAGCUCUGAUCAAACCUGCCGACCUUACGCAUAAGGACUUGGUCGAAAGAUUUACGAUCACCGUUCAAGAUGGAUUAAAGAAUGGGGUCACCAGUAUACACGAAGCAGGGUAUAAUCCUCUCGCAUUACCUUUCUUCCGAAAGCUUACGGAGGACGAACCAUUACCGAUUCGGAUCUAUGCCAUGAGCUUCUUCAACGAGACCGCUGACUAUGGUUCGCCCCAGGCUCGAGAUUCUGAUAAGAGGAGGAGGAGACUUUAUAAUCGAAGUGUAAAAAUUAUUGGAGAUGGUUCUAUGAGGUCUGGUGGAGCAUACCUCUUCGAACCAUAUACAGACGACCCGUCUACAACCGGAUUCAUGCGGUUCACGCCCGAAGUACUGAAAAAGAGGAUACCGCAACUGUUAAAGGAUGGUUGGCAGAUUAACGUCCAUGCAAUUGGGGACCGCGCCAAUAGCAUCAUCCUUGACGCAUUCGAGAUCGCUGCCAAGGAUCACGGUGUCGAUUUGAAUAAACUCAGGCCAAGGAUCGAGCAUGCGCAGAUUAUGAGAAGUGAGGACAUUAAGAGGAUGGGGGAGCUAGGAAUCAUCGCAAGCAUACAACCCACACAUGUUACCGACGACAUGUACUAUGGCGAAGCCCGUCUCGGUUCCGAGCGUGUGAAAGGUUUGUAUGCAUUUCGGUCCAUGAUCGAUGCUGGUGCGCCUGUCACACUGGGCUCUGAUAUUCCAGUCGAGGGUGUCAAUCCCCUUGAAGGCUUUUAUGCCGCAAUAACGAGAUUGGAUAAAAACGGAAAGAGCCCUCAUGGACCCGGGGGAUGGUUCCCGAACCAGAAGUUGACGAGGGUGGAAGCUUUGAGGGGAAUGACUAUCGGACCAGCAUAUGCUUCUUUCACGGAAGAUAUCCUCGGUUCGAUAGAGCCUGGGAAGAAGGCAGAUUUUGUUGUGCUUUCGAAGGAUAUCAUGGAAAUCGAAGCAAAGGACAUCUUAGCGACGAAGGUGAAGGCGACGGUCAUUGAUGGCAGGGUCGUGUUUGGAGAGUUGUAAAGAUGCAGAAAUCUAGUAGGUCGUAUAUUGAUUCCUUUGUUUGAUCACUCCGUAACAGAGUGCAACACUAUCUGAUGUGGUGUCCCCACCCGUGAAAUAGAAGCUCCUGAGGAUUGUGGAGAAACUAGUGUGGCUGGUUCCGGACCCGUUGCGAUUCGAAGACCACCGAAAUUGAAUCCUGAUUUGAGGUGAAUACAUCAACCCUGUGAUGUUGUUCGCUUUCGUACACGCCUAGGGAAAGAUCGGUUGAUCAUAUCGUAUAUCACAGUCCAACGUGUUUUUCAGACUCGGGUCAUAUUCAAAGAACGUCUAAACGAACCGGGUCUCAGUUAGUCGGAAGAAAAUUGGGUCAUAAACAUGCGCGAUGGCUUUACGGCCUGUAUUCUGCUCAGUCACAACGUCUCACUUCAUAGUCCCCCUACUUCAAUCGGGCGUGCUUGGGUCGCCCUUCCGACCGUGCUAUGCAACGAUGGCACCAUCCAAACCUCCUCAAGACCCAGUACUUAUUCGAUCAUUGGCUGUGGCGGUGAAGAGGAAUAUCGUUCCUGUUACGUUGGUGUUUGCCUAGAAACUUGGGUAGGUACGCGGGUUUUUGAAGAAUCGGGUAGAAAAGACGAACGUGUCUGGAAAGGAGAAGACCAGCAGGAGCUGUUGGCUCAAAUUGUUAUAAAGAUAUUCCCGACUGGACACAAGGCAACAGCGGUUAGCUGGGCAAUGCUUGGACUAUCCGGAAGGCUCAAGCUCGCCUCCGAAAAAGAGAUCUACGCUAGAGUGCGACGGGAGGGGAUAUUAAGUGAUUCAUUGGAAGACUGCGACACUCUGCGAUACCUAAACGCUUAAUUUCUCCACCUGAUUUCGACCGUCGGGGAAGGCUACCGUUUCCGUCCCUCAUCAGGAAACGCUCCGUCAUCAUUCCGCCGUCGUUCACAUCUCCAAGGAAGCGGCAUGGAUGAAUGUUUUUCAGUGACCCCAUCGCCACAGGAAGUGCGGAGGACAUAAAGGCGGUCCCGGUGGCGAAGGGACAACGGGGUUCAUGUUUGUGUCACUGAUCACGAUAGGUAGGGUUGUCCUUUAAAAGAAUGGACCGAUUUGAACUUUCUUUUCAGGAAUAAAGCAAUACUCGAGGAAAACGCCGAUCAUUUUGAGUAGGCCGGAACGAUGGCUUCGGGAAGGCUCGAGAUCGCCAAAAAACUCCUCCCGUGAGGGUAUAGGCUAAUCUGUAAGCAUGCAUGGUUCCUUGUAAAAACCUGGAGAUGGAGGACGGUCAUCGCCAAUCAUUUUCUGGCGGAGUCUGUUCAAGAUGUACUAGCCCCCAUCCGGAAAACUGCAAACAUUUUUCACGGAAUCGGACUUUAUAGAAUUCGAUGUGAAUCGUGAUGCAACGCUCGAAGGGGGUCCGCUGCGAGUGAGUGGGGACGACGAAUAGAC